AUGGCCGUCAGGUCGCCGCUAUCUGUCCUACCCUAUCGCGACGCUGCAAGCGCGGCCUACUACUCUCCACGCUCGGCCCCUAUGUCUAUCGAUGGCGUUUCCUUCGAGGGCACUGAGAGUUCCCACUCCUCGCCUAAUCUGAUAAACCGAGACAUCUUAUCAGGGGCCUCGGCCCCCAAUGAGGACAAAACAACUGGAGGUAGCCCUGCAAAACCAAUACGUGGAUCGCAAACAUCCCCUCAGCCUGAGCUCACAGUCCAAACCGGGUAUACAAAUCACGGCCUCAGCACAAGAUCGGAUGAGGACGAACCCCCACAAUCAGUGAUACAUGCUCCACCUGGGUUCGGAGACUUUGCAUCAAUGCAACCGACGCUCGAAGGUCCCGAUGAGUCGCAAUCAUCAUCCGGCUCAGAUGAACAGAAUGUUUUAAUAAGUGGCAACAGUCCAAUCUCACCCCCUCCGUUGACAACUACCGUCGACCCAACAAUCGAUUGCUCUGAGCGAGCAACACCCCGUGCACAGACGAGACAUGAGUUUGAUGAAUUUGACCGACGUACUCGUUCAAGCAGUUUAGAAGAUAUCCCCGAAGGUACAAAGACAAUGAUAACUUUCAUACUACUUCGGACGACGCAAGGUACUGACUUCGCUGCAGGACUAACCAGCAAAGAGGCCGAAAUCAAUGCUCUGAGAGAUGCUCUCGCUGAAUGUUGGACACUAUGUAAUACACUGGCUAAUCUCAGUUAUAUCCAUCGCGAACGCCUCUUGAAAUCCUACAGUGAUGAUAUGCAGGAGGAUGCCUGGAGGUCAUGUUGGAGACUUUGCCAGAAACUCUAUGACACACGAGACGACGACUAUGCAUCCCAAAUUCAUCCUACUCUGGAUCUCUGUCGAGAUUUCUGCCAAGCAUUAUUUGAAGCCCGAACCCGGGACGCUGAUGUCUCUGACUCAGUCUUACGAGUCAGCUUUGAACUGAAUAAUCACCUGUACAACACCCACGAUCGAAAUCUCCCAGAUGCUUUCCGUGAGAGAACUUUGGAUUUCUAUAUUACAUUAUGCCAUCGACUUAUGAAGCAACGGAUCCGUAUGACGGAAACUGACUCUUUGCUGAGUGCUUGCUGGACAUUAGCUGAGAUGCUGUUUAGCAUUCGCCAAAGCAAGAGAGAAGAUAAGCCACUGGAUGAAGAGCUGCUGGGGUCAGCGGUCCAGGCGUGCUGGGAGCUUUGCGACAUCUUCCGCGAGGGUUGGACAUUGCACAACUUGCGCAAUUCUGAUCGGGGGACCCCACGGCCAAGCCAGACUACUUUCUCACAGGCAUUCCAUCAAGCGUCUCAACAGUCGGAGAUUGAUUUUGGGGAUGACCCACUUAGCCAACUCGGCAACCCUGAAACCCCGACGACCAUCUUUGAGGAUGCAACCAUCUCCCCCGACGAGGCACCGAUCCCCAAUAUUCUCGUUCUAGGAUACGGUAAUACUCACGACCCCCACACCAAGUGGUCAUCUAAUGCAUCGAGUAUCUCGGAAAAGUCACGGUCAUCGGGACAUACGGCUUCCUCGGUCAACACUGUGACCACCGUCUCAGAGGACCCCAACCUCACGCGGUUGAAGAUUCUAAUCACCAGAGCUGCUAUCGACAGUGGAUAUCAGCGAGGCAGUACCCAGAAUCUGUCCUCAUUCGUGAAAUCGCUUCCCUCUGAUGCCUUUGGCUCUGCAGCCUGGCAAACCUCGUUGCUGAAAAACUAUAGAAAGGUCGUGUCAUUUGACCCGGCAUUCCGAAACGUCGGCAUACAGGCUCGGGCAGGUGCCAUCGAUGUCGCGCAUGCUUGUCAGGCGAUGCUGCAAGGUGGCCAGUACUCCUGGCUUCGCGACCUCUACCGUUUUGUCUUCGGUUUCCAUCUAGAAGAAUCGAUGGGUCGCAAAGGCGUGACUAUCCAAACGUAG